UGGAGUACUAGAAUAGGUUCUCAAUGAAUCAAGUCCUUGACCCCCAUUGGGGUGUGCUUUAUGAAGAAGAUUUAACUGGUCAUAAGUCUCACACUGUGAACAUUCUUGUAAAUAAUGCUCCUGGAGUUCUCAACCUGGUCACCAUAGUUAUAUCCAGAAAGGGUUACAACAUCCACAGUCUGGCUGCAGGUUUUGCAGAAAUGGAGGGUCUAUCUCGGAGUACAAGUAUGAUUCCUGGAACAGAUGAAUCUAUUGAGAAAUUGGUGUUCAUUUUCAAGGGACAAAAACAUCUUUUAGUGAUAGUGAGAGGGAGGAAAAUCGCAGGGGUUACGUUUGCCAGUGAUUUGAUUAAGCAGAUGCAUGAGAUUGAGCAACAAAUAAGUGGGGUUACAAUUGGAAUGGUUGUUUCUAGAGUUGAGGGUCCGGUCAGUAAAGCGAAUACAAGGAAGGGAAUUAGAGGCGGGAGUCCGGGAUUGGCAAGACGGGAUCAUAGUUUCUUGGAAAUUGAUCUAGGCCAUUUGAAAGUGACCAAUGAAGUUAGUUUGCAUGGACCUGCGGAAGAUCAAGCAUCUGUUCAUCAUGAAUACUUUCUCGGAUUUCCUUUUGACCAGCUGUCUUGCCAUGAAUUUGGGUGA